GAGCGUGCGCAAAGAAUGUUGGCGUUCUGCAUGAGCAAACGCUCGAACAGUUGGCGUGCAACAGCUGAGGCAUGCAUGGAGCUCAUCGGAGCACUUGACGUCCCCCUCCGCCUCCCGUGGCUCGUCUCCGCAUUGGCCAUUUCCGUGACCGUAUGCUACAUCCUCUUCUUCUCCCGCGCCGGCAAGGGCAAUGGCAAGGGGCUACCUCCGGGGCCGAGGGGCUGGCCGGUGCUGGGGAACCUCCCGCAGCUCGGCGGCAAGACGCACCAGACCUUGCACGAGCUGACCAAGGUGUACGGCCCCGUGCUCCGGCUGCGGCUGGGCAGCUCCGUGGCCGUGGUCGCCGGGACGGCAGGCACCGCGGAGCAGUUCCUCCGCGCCCACGACGCCCAGUUCCGCGACCGGCCCCCGAAUUCCGGCGGCGAGCACAUGGCGUACAAUGUCUUCGGGCCCUACGGUCCGCGGUGGCGCGCCAUGCGCAAGGUCUGCGCCGUCAACCUCUUCUCCGCCCGCGCGCUCGACGGCCUCCGCGGGUUCCGCGAGCGGGAGGCGGCGCUCAUGGUGAAAUCGCUGGCCGCCGCCGCUGCCUCUGCUGCGGAGCCGGUGGCGCUGGGCAAGGCGGCGAACGUGUGCACGACCAACGCGCUGUCGCGGGCGGCGGUGGGGCGGAGGGUGUUCGACGAAAUGGGCGGGAGCGCCGGGGGCGAGUUGAAGGAGAUCGUGCUGGAAGUGAUCGACGUGGGCGGGGUCCUGAACGUGGGGGACUUCGUGCCGGCGCUCCGGUGGCUCGACCCGCAGGGGGUGGUGGCCAGGAUGAAGAAGCUGCACCGCCGCUUCGACGACAUGAUGAACGGGAUCAUCGGCGAGAGGCUGCAGGGCACGGAUGCAGCUGGGGAAAAGGACUUGCUGGGAUUGCUGCUCGAUGCCAUGAUGAAGGAGGACAAGUCGCUCAGCGGCGGCGAGGAGCUCACGCACACGGACAUCAAGGCCCUCAUUCUGAACCUAUUUGUGGCGGGCACUGACACGACCUCAAGCAUUGUGGAGUGGGCCAUGUCGGAGCUGAUCCGGCAUCCAGACCUCCUUCAGCAGGCGCAGGAGGAGCUAGACGCCGUCGUUGGCCGGGCCAGGCUUGUCUCCGAGAGCGACAUGUCGCGCCUCCCCUUCCUCACCGCCGUCAUCAAGGAGACCUUCCGCCCGCACCCAUCUACGCCAUUGUCCCUCCCGCGGAUGGCCUCCGAGGAGUGCUUCGUAGCCGGCUACCGCAUCCCCAAAGGCACGGAGCUGGUGGUCAAUGUGUGGGGCAUCGCGCGCGACCCGGCUCUCUGGCCCGACCCACUCGAGUUCCGGCCAGCCCGGUUCCUCAUUGGCGGAUCCAACUCCGUUGUGGACCUCAAGGGAUCCAAUUUCGAGCUGAUUCCGUUUGGGGCCGGUCGGAGGAUAUGUGCGGGGCUCAGCUGGGGUUUAAGGAUUGUGAUGAUUGCGGUGGCGACGCUAGUGCAUGCGUUCGAUUGGAAGCUGCCGGUGGGGCAGACGCCGGAUGAGCUCAAUAUGGAGGAGGCGUUAUCUCUGUUGCUGCUGCGGGCCGUGCCGUUGAUGGUCCACCCAGCGCCUAGGCUCCUCCCAUCGGCAUAUGAAAUUGCAUAGAAAUUGAAAUUAAUACGGGUAAGUUUUAUAAUACGACCCGUGUACGUGGUAAUGUACGAUGUGCUGAAUAAAUUGGGGGGACCCGCAUGUAUGUGUUUGUUUUGUUUGUUAACUUUGGUCAUUGCAUUGAUCCGGAAUGUGUUAAUCCAUUAUUGUAA